AGUGUCCGUAACCUUCCGUAGCCUGCCGUUAGGUGGUGAAGCAAGCGAAGUGCUCAUUUCCAUACGUCCGUCAGCUUGUCAGCUGUUCGUCACGUGCUUCUGUUUGGGCGAAAAUUAAAUGCUCACCGCUGCGCUCCCCAGAUUAUUGUGUGUUAGAAGCCGUGGCGUGCGCUUUCUUACCAUUAUGGCUUGCCAGAAUACGCACAACAUUUUUGUGUACGGAACCCUGAAGACCGGCGAGCCCAACAACUACUUUAUGAAGGACUCCAACAACGGGAAGGCCACUCUGAUCGGUACCGCGGUGACCGUUAAGAAGUGGCCGCUUGUCAUAGCGUCGUCAUACAAUAUACCCUAUCUGCUGCACUGCGAAGGAAAGGGACAUAGUAUAUCAGGGGAGCUCUACAGCGUCGACGACAAAAUGCUGGCGAUGCUGGAUGAUUUUGAGUCUCAUCCUAAGUACUAUGUCCGGUCUGAAGAAGAGAUUGAACUUCUUGCGAGCAAAUCGAAUGACGAGAAGACAAAAAAGAAGAUCAAGGCAUGGAUUUACUUCCUGAAGGACUACCGGGAAGAGCUGUUACAGAGGCCUUACCUAGCCAACUAUUCAUCCAAGGGAGACCAUGGACUUGAAUAUGUGCCCAGGUACUUAAGACAAGCCCAGGAUCCCAAAAACUUGCACACACAGGACGUUCUUCUCAAGGGGGCAAUUUCAUGUGAUAAGCAGUGAGGAGACAAGCUGUACAGGUGACAUUUACUAACGAGCCACCAUGGGAACAAACGUCUUGCCAUGCCUGGUGAAAUGGCUUUGACAUCUCGCAAUUUUUUUUUUUUUUAUUGUUAUAACCUCCGUGUAUACGUCGAAGGCUGUUGUAUCUUUAGUAAAGAAUAUAUUUUGCAAUGUUAA